UGUGUCCCGGGCCCCGGCGCUGCCACCUUAAGGGCAGAGCGGGCCGGGCCGGGCCGGGUCCGGGCGCGAGGCGGAGGCAGGGUACGAGCCCGUGGGGCGGCGGGCGGAGCGGCACCGAGUCAGGGUCAGGACGUCAAGCCGGCGGGGCCAUGUCGUCGUGCGGGCGGCCGCAGUUGCUGCUGCUACUCGUGCUGCUGGUCGGCGCGGUGCGGGCCGGCCUGCACUUCCGGCCCGGCCGCAGCUGCUACCGGGCUCUGCGUGGGGACGGAGCCGCCCAGCCCGGGCUCAGGUCAUACCCCCGACCUCACGAAUACCUCUCUCCCUCGGAUCUGCCCAAGAGUUGGGAUUGGCGCAACGUGAAUGGUGUCAACUAUGCCAGUGUCACCAGGAACCAGCACAUCCCGCAGUACUGCGGCUCCUGUUGGGCCCAUGGUAGCACCAGCGCCAUGGCGGAUCGGAUCAACAUCAAGAGAAAGGGCGCAUGGCCCUCCACCCUACUGUCCGUGCAGCACAUCAUCGACUGUGCUGGGGCUGGCUCCUGUGAGGGGGGCAAUGACCUGCUAGUGUGGGAAUAUGCCCACCAGCAUGGCAUCCCCGAUGAGACCUGCAACAAUUACCAGGCCAAGGACCAGGAGUGUGACAAGUUUAACCAGUGUGGAACAUGCACUGAAUUCAAAGAGUGCCAUCCCAUCCAGAACUACACCCUCUGGAAAGUGGGUGACUAUGGCUCUGUCUCUGGGAGGGAGAAGAUGAUGGCAGAGAUCUAUGCCAAUGGUCCCAUCAGCUGUGGAAUCAUGGCAACAGAAAAGAUGGAUAAAUACAGAGGAGGCAUCUAUGCUGAAUACUCUGAAGAGGCCUACAUCAACCAUGUCGUCUCUGUGGUUGGGUGGGGUGUCAGCAAUGGGACUGAGUACUGGAUUGUCCGGAAUUCCUGGGGUGAACCUUGGGGUGAACAAGGCUGGAUAAGGAUAGUGACCAGCACCUAUAAAGGUGGGCAGGGUGCUGACUACAACCUGGCCAUUGAGAAGUAUUGUACAUUUGGGGAUCCCAUAGUUUAAGGUGGAUGUCUCCAGAAGACCUGUUUUUUUAAGAAGAAUAGUGUGACUAAUCACAGACAUCUGUCGUUUUGAGUACUGGACUGGUGCUACCAUAAAUUGAAGGGACUCGAUAUUGAUAAUCAAAGUACCUGAGGAGCUGUUCCAGCACAGAGCACUCAGAAGGAACCUAUCGGAUGCAGACUGAUGCAUCCUACCUGCAAGAGCAACUGAGAGGAGAGGUGGGGUGACUCACACCUUCACGAGACAGCUCCCCACCUGAAGACUAUAGCAAACCAGCUACCUGGACGAAAGUGAUCAACAAGAAUUAAAAUAUGUGGCCUGUGUUUCCUCUAGGAUAUGAUUUACUUUAUACUUGAUCAAUAAUAAGGCAUCCAUGAAGUAAAACUUUACCUGCAGUUAUUGUGUCACCUUAGAAUCAGUGGUGGGAGGUUGGGAACAGCAAUUUUUUUAUAGCCCAAGUAAAGAAUAAAAUAUACAAUUCGUAAGAACUGA